AUGGGCGACACGGUGGAGCACGACGGGCUGCGGCCGGUGUGCGAGUCGUGCGAGGCUGCUGCUGCCUGUGUGGUGUGCGGCUCGUGUGGUGGCGCGCUCUGCCUCGCCUGCGACUCGGCCCUGCACCCGCCGUCAUCGCGGCUGAUGACUGCCCAUGUGCGGACAGCCAUUCCCGGACUCAAACCUGGCGGGGGAUCAUCGGUGGCGGCGGCAAUGGCGGCGGUGAUGGGAGUGGCGGCAGGGGCGGCUACAGGCGAUGGCUCCGGCCCGUGUCCGGCUCAUCCGCACCUUGAUGGCACCUACUACUGCAUGAGCUGUCCAUCGCAGACUGCGGUCUGCUCCGAGUGUGUGGUGCAUGGCGUUCAUGCGGCGCACGCUGUGGCGCUCGUUGCCGACGCUGCUGCUGCCAUUCGCCCGCAGAUCGAUGCUUCUGCUGCCUCCAUCCGCCUUGCUCUCGGCGGUGGCCAGUCGCUAGUCGAUGGCCUCCGCGCGAGGGCCACUGAUCAUGCGAGUGCUUUUGAACAGGCCGAGGCCGAGCUUGCGGCUGGCUUUGAUCGGCUUCGUGCCGCGGUUGACAAGGCGCAGGCGGCAGCGCUGAACCGGCUCGCCGGCGCCCGCGCCGAGCACCUAGCCUCGCUAGAGGUGCUCGCUGAAGAAGUGGCAGGCAAGAUGGAGGAUCUACGGGAGCUUGACGCCGAGAUCGCGGCAGCUUCUGAAGCCCCUGGUCCGCAUCGGGUGCUGGCGCUGUACGGCAGCGAUGUGGCCGGGCGGGCCGAGGAUCUCAAGGCGUACCUGUGUGAGCUGGCCGAGGACGCAGGCGACGCAUGCCACGGUGGAUCGACGGCGGCACUGAACGCCACGUUGGACGACAUGAGCGUCGACGUGUCGAGCGUCGAGGCGUUCAUCACCGCGCUCGGCACAGAUGGCACCAGUAGUGGGAGGACAAUGGCUGCUUCCGGCCUCGGCACCUCGCCGCGGCGUCGCGGGCGGCGGCUGUCGGUGACGUCGAGCCCGCCGCCGCGGCCACAGGAGCCGCGAGCGUCGCCAUUGGCAACGGUGCGGGCGCGGCGGGCAGUGGCGCUCGGCUCGCCGCCACGAGAAGCACACGAGCUAUCGCCAGCGGCCGCGCCGGUCCUCUCGCCUGCGCUCGCCCGGGCGGACGCCAACACCCAGCGGUUCCGGCGGCUGCUCGAUGGCUACGAGUCGCAGCAUCGCGGGCGGAUGCGAGAGCGGCGCGCGGCACGGCGUGCGGCGGCAAUGCAUGCCGCGCACUCGCCGAACAAGCUGCUGUUCAAGGGCUGAAGUCUGGAAGGGGGAGAGGAGA